AUGCUUAGGUACUUCCAGAGAAAAAAUAGAGACAACAAUGCUACAACAACACCUUCUGUCUCAAACCUGCAUUCUACAACGCGAAAUCAUGUAAUUCAUGCUGAGAGUUCAAGUGCCCAGAAUGUAGCACCGUCCUGCGCAGCUGAAAACGAUGUGAAUGAAAACUUACUGGCAAGUCUACCUUCGGAUCCAGGACUGCGAACUCCAAUAUUUGAUUAUGAUCCCAAUAUCAGAGACCGAGUUCGAAGAGCUUACCUACAAAGAGGUCCUUGUCAGCCAAAGAAGCACACCUAUCCAACAAGAAUAUCUGGUGGCAGGCCAAGAAAGUUCUGCGGCUCUUGGUUCAACGAGCACCCAAGUUGGUUGGAAUAUAGCAUUUCGACAGAUGCGGUGUUUUGUCUUUGUUGCUAUUUGUUUAGAGCUGGUAGUGGUGAUUCCUUUGUGGGAAAAGGAUUUAGAGGUUGGAGGAAUAAAGAAAGGCUACAACUACAUAUUGGGGGGCCAAAAAGUGCACAUAAUAAGGCUUUGAAAAAUUGUGAGGUGUUAAUGAAUAGGAAACAACACAUUGAUGCAAUUAUUGAAAAACAGUCGGAGGAAGAGAAAAGGGAUAAUAGGAAAAGGUUGAGGGCAUCGAUUAACUGUGUUCGAUUUCUUUUACGGCAGGGGCUUGCAUUUCGUGGACAUGAUGAAACUGAAGCUUCUCUCAACAGAGGAAACUUUAUAGAGCUCUUAAAAUGGUUGGCAGAUAAUAAUGAAGAAAUUAAAGUCGUUGUACUAGAGAAUGCUCCAGGGAACCAAAAGUUAAUAGCAUCAGAUAUUCAAAAAGAUAUAACCAAGUGCUUCUCUUCUGAAAUAUUAAGUGAAAUUAUUAAAGAACUCGGGGAUGGACCAUUUACUCUCCUCUUAGAUGAAUAUAAAGAUAUAUCAUCAAAAGAACAGCUGGCUAUUGUUUUGAGAUAUGUGCACAAAGGUCAUGUAAUUGAGCGUUUCGUAGGAAUCGAACACGUCACUAGUACAACUGCCAAUUCACUUAAAGCAACAUUGGAUGAUUUGUUUUCUCGACAUGGAUUGAGUAUUUCCAUAUUACGAGGGCAAGGUUAUGACGGGGCAAGCAAUAUGCAAGGUGAGUAUAAUGGUCUAAAGGCACUGAUUUUGAAAGAUAAUGACUGCGCGUAUUUUGUCCACUGCUUUGCUCAUCAACUGCAACUAGCUGUUGUGGCUGUGGCAAAAAAACAUACAUAUGUAGAAGAAAUUUAUGUCGUAAUGAGUUACUUGGUGAAUGUGGUAGCUGGAUCAGCCAAACGUCAAGAUAUGCUUCGUGAGAAGCAAGCUGAGGCGGUCUUUGAGGCACUAUGUAGUGGUGAGAUAUUAACUAGGCGAGGCCUUAAUCAAGAAAGUACUCUUAAACGAGCUGGUGACACGCGUUGGGGUUCGCAUCACAAUACAAUAGUAAGCCUGAUUAAUAUAUUCUCAUCUGUUAUAACACUUUUGGAAGAUUUAGCAGUGGAUUCUGAUAAGAAAUUUGAAGCUAAGGUUAUCCUAGAUUCUUUGAAAAAUUUCAAUUUUAUUUUCAGCUUGCACUUGAUGAAAAAGAUUCUGGGAAUUACAAAUGAUCUGUCAAAGGCAUUGCAGAGAAAACAUCAAGACAUUGUAAAUGCCAUGAAAUUAGUUACAGUAUGCAGGGAACGACUCCAGAUAAUGAGAGAUAAGGAAUGGGAUUCAUUGUUGUCAGAAGUAUCCUCUUUUUGUGCAAGGCACCACAUCAAAGUUCCUGAUAUGAAUGAUGUGUUCCAACGGGAGGGUCGACCAAGGCGUAAUACUCAAGAGGUAAAUAAUUAG